AUGGGUUUGAGGUUAGAAGAAGGUGUUCGUGAAGGACGGUUGAAAGAAGAGUUGUUUUCGGCUUUAAUCUUGAAGAAUUUGGUGCAAACCAAAACUCCACCAACUAUUCCAAAAGAACUUCCAUGGUGGUAUAAAGCUGAUCAACAUUGUGCACUCCACCAAGGAGAACCUGACCAUGAUAUUGAGAAUUGUUUCUCCUUGAAAGCUAAGGUAAGAAGGUUAAUGCAAAGUGGUAUUUUGUCAUUUGAAGAUUCCAAUCCCAAUGUACAAGUUAAUCCGCUGCCCAAGCAUGGCAAUACAACUGUGAAUAUGGUCGAAGGAUGUCCUGGGAAGUACCGAGUUUUUAACGUCAAUUUAAUCAGAAGAUCCUUGGUUGAAAUGCAUGCAACUUUAUAUGAACUAAGAUAUUAUGAGCAUGGCCAUGCUUCUUGCCAAGUUUGUUCCAGAGAUCCUCGAGGAUGUGUCGUUGUGAAAAGAGACUUGCAAGAGAUGUUGGAUCAGAAUCUUAUUCAGGUUACGAGGGACAGAAAUGAAGAUGAGCAUGAGGUGAACGUCAUAGUUCCUCGUUUUAAUCUCCCAGAACCUGUUGUGAUUACAUAUGAUGGUCAAAAUACUACUAUUUCUCCAUUGUUCAUUCGUAUGGCGGACUCAACGCCUUACGAGUCUGAUAAAGUUAUGUCUUACAAGUAUAAUGCUACUAUGAUAGAAGACGACAAAGAAGUGUCUAUUCUUUAUUUUCCGUUUGUGGUGAACAUUGUCGAUGUAAGUGGUGUGACCCAAAGCGGUAGGAUAUUUGUUGUUGUAUCUCAUAAAAGGACCGAAGAUGUGGUGAUAGAGAAAUCAAGUUUAGAGAAAACUCCCGUUGUACAAGUCGGCCAAUCUAGUGUUAUGAAUCAGAAUGCUGAUAAAGAUGAAGUGCUGAAAUUGAUCAAGAAGAGUGAUUUCAAUGUGGUAGACCAUGAUGAAGAACUUCCCGAGCAGGGAAAGAAUCACAAUUUGGCCCUGCAUAUAUCUAUGAACUGUCAAGAAGAUGCUUUAUCCAAUGUGUUGGUGGAUAUUAGAUCCUCUUUGAAUGUUCUGCCUAAGUCGACAUUGUCUAAACUUGCUUACCAAGGUGCUCCUAUGAGGUUCAGUGGAGUUGUUGUAAAAGCCUUUGAUGGCUCGAGAAAGACUAUAAUUGGGGAAGUUGAUCUCCCAAUAAAGAUAGGUUAG